AUGCAGGAACAGAAUGGUGUUGCGGCUACACAACUACAACUUGGUGCUCAACCGAACCUGUCCGAGAAGAAUGGAACCACGACCAGGCUUCCUUACCUGAAGCCGGCGAAUGUGUUGGGCAAGCUAUUGAUGGACCACCCUUACAUGUUGCUUGGAGGCUUUCGGCCUGGAGCAGAUUCCGAAACGUUGCUGACAACAUUUUGGGAGAACUACAAGCUUGAGCAGCCCUCCCACAAAGUUUAUGCAUCGCCGAGCCGCAGACUGAAAAGAACCAUUCCCAUUUACCUGCAUGGAGAUGGCGGGCGUACUCAAAAAAAACAACCAUUGGAGGUUCUGAGCAUGGAGCCUGUGCUGGGCCUCAACACUAGCCAGGGUGCGGAAGAGACAUGUCGCUGCUCAGUGCCUGUGGCUUUUGGUUCGAACAACUUGGAAAACCCGAUUGCGCAGAAACUCAACAGCAAGAACAAUUCGUUUCUUACAAAGUUCUUGAUCUUCGCGUUCCCGUCCAAAAAGUACAAGCGACAGCCGAAUCUCUUGAUCUCUUUACAUGAAGCUGCGUCAAAGAAUCUUGCAGAGGUUUGCAAACACGGCCUCAUGGCGAAAGGCGAGCGCUUUUAUGCGGCCAUCCUGGGAUACAAGGCUGACUUUGAGUACCACGCCAAGUUUGGUUCUUUGGAAAGAUCGUACAUGCACGCAGGCCGUACUCAGCAGUUGGGUGUAUGCCAUGAAUGCUGGGCUGGGACGCCUGACAUUCCCUUCGAAGAUCCCUCAACAAGAGCGCUAUGGACCGACACGGUUUGUGCCAGUUUCCCAUGGAAGGAAACCCCGCCCUUCAAACACAUACCUUUUGAAGCAUGGGAAUCUUUGCCUUCGCGGGCGCCACAAUUUUAUCGCCGAGACCCGUUCCAUGUUUUUCGCUUGGGCGUAGCCCGAAACUACGCAGCCUCGGUCAUUCUGUUGCUGGCGCACUUCGAACUCUUCGAUUAUGGGGAUGCUUCUGAGUCGAAGUCCGUGGAGUCAAGACUGGACCGGGCGUGGAAUAACUUGAUGCUCUACUGCGAAUCUGAACGCUUGCAUCUGGGCACUCUACGUUCGUUCUCUAAGGACAAAUUACAUUACGGAAGUGGAUUCACAUUUCCCUAUCUCGGAUGCAAAGGAGCUGACAGCGUAAUCAUUCUGAAGUGGCUUCUCUUCUACACAGGCUUGGUUUUAAUGUCAGUGGAGGAAUCAGACCCAAUGAAACACACCCUGGAAGUCAUCCAACAAGGUCUUCGCGGAGGCCUGAAUUUUACACAAGGUAUUCACAAACACGCCUUGUGGCUACCACGCUCAUGCAUCAAACAUUUGAAAGGUGGUCUGCAUGAUUUUUGCUAUGCGUAUGGAUUCCUGGCACACUUUGCGCUGCGCCACAACCUCCAUUUGUUUGGGCAAGUGCCUAAGAUACAUGCCUUGGCGCGCUUCAAGGUGGAGAUGUUUCAAGCUAUGGCUAACAAGUCCCGAAGGUGGAUGCUCAACCCAGCAUCUACGGAUUGCAGUCAAAACGAAGACUUCAUUGGAAGAGUAGCAAAGAUAAGCCGACGAAUCUCCUACAAGAACAAUCGGCAUCAGUUUGAACGCACUCUCCUACAGCGGUAUCAGAUGAAGGCCAAAAUGGUCAUUAAGCAGUUCAAGAGCAAGCACCAGCUGUGA